ACCACGGGGACAGCCGGAGCCGCCAGCCGGGGGCCGCCAGGCGCCGCUCAGGUUCUAAAUGGCUUCUAAGAAGUUGGGAUCCGACUCUCAUGGGCCUUUCAGUUAUCUUGAUGAUGUCCCAUUUAAGAUAGGAGACAAAUUCAAAACCCCAGCGAAGGUUGGAUUACCCAUUGGUUUCUGCCUGCCUGAUUCUUCUCAGCUUGUCAGAGAAGCCCAGUAUGACUUCUCACUGGAAAAGAAAACAAUUGAGUGGGCUGAAGAUAUCAAAAAAAUUCAAGCUGCCCAAAGAGAGGCUGAACGCAAGGCAGAAGAAGCUCUAGCAAACUCAAAAGCAGCUCCAGAGGACAGCAACAAAAUGAGGUUCUCAGAGGGACCUUGCCCUGAGGCCAUGCCUCCUCCUAUUAACCCCAUCCUUGCUAGCUUGCAGCACAAUAAUAUUCUUACUCCCACGCCAGCCAAUAGCAGCUCUGUGAAGCAAAAGGUUCUCAGUCCACCUUGUCCAAAAGCAGACUUCAACCCGGCUGAUUUUGAAUGUGAAGACGACCCAUUUGACAAACUGGAAUUAAAAACUAUUGAUGAUAAGGAGGAAUUAAAAAAUAUUCUUGAAAUUCAUGUUGGUACUACUGGGCCAAUUGUUGCCCAGCUGUUAGAUAAUACUUUGCCCAAAGGAGGGUCUGAGUCUGUAUUGCAAGAUGAGGAAGUUCUGGCAUCCAUAGAAAGGGCCGCGUUGGACUUCAAGCCCCUUCACAAACCCAAUGGCUUUAUCACUUUACCACAAUUGGGAAACUGUGAAAAGAUGUCUUUGUCUUCCAAAGUGUCCCUGUCCCCUAUCACUUCAGUGAGCAAUAUCAAAUCCCUGUCCUUUCCUAAACUUGACUCCGAUGAGAGUGAUCAAAAAUCAUCAAAGCUCACGAGCACUUUCCACAGCACUACCUGUCUCCGAAAUGGCACUUUGCUCAGCUCUUUGCAGACCUGUGCUCAGAGUAAAGCUAGUGAACUGAAUGGACACCAUAUGAUUGGUCUUUCUGCUCUAAAUGAGGACAGUGGCAUGGAGACAUCAACGUUAUCCUCUUCAUCCAGGCUGCCUUCCCUGGCUGUGUCGACAGUUUGUACAGAAGACGACUCAUCUCAAAGCACAGCGACUAUGGUACACCCAGACUACAAGGAAACAGAAAUCCCUGUGGUUAAGCACCAAAAUUUCCCAGUGUCUAAAGUGCCCAAUAACACCAGCUGCACAAAGCGGUCGGGUGGCCCCGCUCCUGAACUACAGCAGGUCCUCUCCGCUAGCGAGAGGCAGUGCGUAGAGACGGUUGUCAACAUGGGGUACUCGCCUGAGAACGUCCUGAAAGCCAUGAAGAAGAAGGGACAGAACAUAGACCAGGUUUUGGAUUACCUGUUUGCACAUGGACAGCUUUGUGAGAAGGGCUUUGAUCCACUUCUUGUUGAAGCAGCUUUGGAAAUGCACCAGUGUUCAGAGGAGAAGAUCACAGAACUUCUCCAACUAAUGAGCCAAUUUAAAGAAAUGGGCUUUGAACUAAAAGAUAUUAAGGAGGUCUUAUUAUUACAUAACAACGACCAACACAACGCUUUGGAAGACCUAAUGGCCCGUGCAGGAGCCAGCUGAAAACACAUUCCUGGAAUCUCGGCGUGCAACGGAGCAGGACCAGCCCCGCCACCUUCACGUCCGGUGUGACUUGCCCUUGGCAGGAAGGAGUCCAGCUUUUCACAUACAUGGGAGAGUGACUGAGCAAGCCCGCCCACGUGCAUCCCUCCAGCAUUUCUCUUUCCACUGAGAGCCAACUUUCUUAAAUUAAAUUUUUGAAGUGUCCUUUCCUAAGUUUCCUUUUUCCAGCUUGGCCACGGAGAGUUCAGACUGCCCAGCCUCUAGUGGAAUUGUACAUAGGUGGAGACGGGAGUGGUUCCCCCCCCUCACUGUUGCACUGGAGUCGGACACAAGAAUAUUGAGUUGGUUCUGAAACUAGGAUGCUUUGGUUCUUUGAAGCUGCUUUCAUGGUGUCUGCUUGUACUGAAUUACUUGACUGUGUCACAGUCCAGAUUAACUGGUUAAAUCUGACCUUUAGUGCAAUGGAGUUUUAUUUUUUGGUUGAAAGUUAGUCUGUAACUUAGUAAAACACUGGUUCAGAAACUGUCGCUAUGCAUAAAGAGAGAAGCUGUU